AAUGGCAAUUGCGGGAAGAAAUAAAAAAAAAGUUGACGCUAUUGAAAUCGGUUCGGGGAGCUUCGGGGGCUGGACUGAGUCACUGCACGGACACCGUAGAUCGCUCCGCCGGUGUCAACUUCACCGUUCUCAAGCAGCUUGAAGGACAUCCAGCACAAGAUGACGGUGAACGACUACCUGAAUUUCUAAUACUUCAGAAGUCGUGAGACAAGUACUCCAAGAUUGAGUGUUGGUUCUGAUUUAGCGGGAAAACAUUUCAACCUGCUGGGUAGACAAGGUUGCGUUAUUCCCAUACUAAAAGUCGUAUGGAGAACCCAGGUCUAAAUCACCCUCCUGAAGUUAAUUCAUCGCUGGAUGAUUUUGUUGAAAGCUCCGCAGAAACUCAAACACCUUCAGCUCAAAUUUCUGAACAAGCGAAGCCAUUAGAUUGCAUAUACAAAGCCCAAUCAGAAUCUGAUUGUUCCAAUAGGCAAAGGCAUGAGAUUGUGGAAACUUCUGAAACUGAACCGUACAAAACAGAGAAGACCCAGAAGUUAGAAAGUUUUCCUGUUGCUUUAUCUGAGACAGAAAAAUUUAAUAAUUCGGAGGGUUUGGAAAAGGUGGCUGAUAAGAGCUGUACGGAACAAGCAGAAACUGCCAUUCUUAAUGUUAAAGAAGCUUCUAACGAGACUUCAAUUGAUGAGUCUGGAUGCAGCAAAAUAAAAGGACAAGCUCAAGAGGAAGCUCAAAGUUCAGAGAAGGGUGGUGACUUAGAUGCAUCCAUAACACAUGAGAAGGAAAUAUUGUCAACAAAGGUUGUUGAAGGUGCAAAAAACAUAAAGCCUGAAAGUGCUGAAGUCAAACGCAAGAAUCCAAAGCGGACAUUUAAGACAGAAAAGGAAUUUCUUGAAUUUACUUUAAAGUAUCACCAAGUUCUUACAGAAAGAGAUGCAGCUAUUGUUGUCCGGGACCGGUUGGAGUCACUAUGCAGGGAGUUGCAGCGUCAAAACAAAAUGCUAAUGGAUGAAUGCAAACGGGUCUCAACUGAGGGACAGAGCCUGAGAACAGAAUUAUCAGUCAAGUUUCAGGAUGCAAUCAAGGAUGUUAGCAUUAAGCUAGAAGAGCAAAAGGAUGAAUGCCUUGCCCAGCUGAAAGAGAAUGAAACCUUAAGGAAUAAACUGAAGCAACUAAUUGACCAGUUUGCUCUUUCCGAACAGCAAUUUGCACAGAAGUUGAAGCAGAAAACACUAGAACUUCAGAUUGCUGAUCUGAAAACUAAGCAAUGUGAGGAGAAACUGAUUCAGGAACAAUCUCAAAUGAAAUCAUAUGCAGAGCAAAUUUCACAAUUAUUAGCAACAGAAAAAAAUCUGCGUUUACAACUAACAGCUGAUGGAGAAAAGUUUCAACAAUUCCAAGAUGCAUUAUUAAAAAGCAAUGAGGUAUUUGAAACCUUCAAACAAGAAAUUGAGAAGAUGACAAAAUCCAUCAAGGAACUCAAGAAGGAAAAUUCAUUCUUGAAGAGCAAAUGUGAGAAAUCAGACGUUACUCUUAUUGAGCUUCUUGAUGAGCGGGAAGGCUUGAAGAAACAGCUGGAGAAAACCAAGAAUCAGAAAGAAAAGCUCGAAUCGUUGUGUCGAUCGCUUCAGGCCGAAAGGAAACAAAGUUCCAUGGGAAGCAACAGCUCUGAUUCAACUUCAGUGUGAAGCCUUAACUUAUUCUGUUAAAAUAUGAAAUUUCCUGAGAGGAUUUCAAUACAUAACUCUUACAUUGCAACUUGACUGUCUUCAAGCUGAGCAAAUAGUUAUUUUGUGAUUUUAAGAUUACCAUGUCCAUGUCCAUGUCCAUUGUUGUCAGCUUUUCUAGGAUUAAAACUGAUUUUUCUUGCCAAAGGAAGAACUCUUGUUUCCAAUGAUCACUGGAUAGUUAUUAUUUUAUCGU